AUGAACGGCGGGGCCGUGCUGCCGCUGCCCCCUCCUGCCGCCGCUGCUCCCCCCGCCCGCCGGCGGUCCGCCUCCCCCGAGCUGCUGCGCUGCAAACGCCGCUUGGCCUUCGCAGCUCUGCCGGCCACCGGAGCGGCGGCGGCGGCGGCCGCAGUGGCUCGUCGGAACGAGAGGGAGCGCAACCGAGUGCGGCUGGUCAACAUGGGCUUCGCCGCCCUCCGCCAGCACGUCCCCCACGGGGCCGCCAGCAAGAAGAUGAGCAAGGUGGAAACUCUGCGCUCCGCCGUCGAGUACAUCCGCGCCUUGCAGCGGCUCCUCGACGAGCACGACGCCGCCGCCGCCGCUUUCCCUGCCGCCGUCGUCGGGGAAGGAGGCGGCGGCUACUCCUCGGCUUCGCCUUCCUUCGCCUCCUCCGUGCCCGGCUCGCCGUGCUCCUCCGAGGAGAGCGGCUACGACGCGGCGCUCAGCCCCGAGGAGCGGGAGCUUCUGGACUUCACCACCUGGCUGGGGAGCUGCUGA